AGACCCCGGAGUGGGGCGCUCGCCCGAAGCCAGGCCGCGUCCGCCAUAGUGUCUGGUUUGGAGGUGUCGCCGGCUCCUGGUGAGGGCCCGAGAGCGGCAGGGGGGCGAAACAAAAAGGGAGUCGGCGGAGCCCUCUCCGUUGCCCGGCGAUUUCCGGGCCUAAUCUUGCGUUACUGGGCCGAAAGGCGACGGGAGCGAAAGGCGAGAGAAGCACGGAGCACUCGGCGAGAGGAAGCGUCAGGGAGCCUCGGCGGCGUCGCCAGGGUCAGCCGAAGCCACCCGGCCGCUGGCUGGGGCCCGGGGUGGUGAGGAGGCGCUGUGAGGCCUAGCCGAGGCCUAGUACCGGCUUUGUGUUUGAGGCGGCGUUGGCGGCGGCGGCGGCGGCGGGGGGGAGGCGGAGCUGGGGGCGGCCUGCGGGAAGGCCUCUCCUCCGCCGACCGCGCGUUUUGGCCUAGGCCGCGGGGCCGCCUGUGGCCUCCGGGGAGCAGGCGAAAGGGGUCUGUGUGUGGUGGGGGCCUGGGCCUGGGGCAGCCGACGCCGGUCGUCCGGAAGCCAGGAGGAGGCGAGAGGCCGCUCGUGGACUCCGGGCCUAGGCCCUCUCCCCUCAACCUUCUCCCGGGGCCUGGGUCACCCCCGUCCACGGAGAGAGAGACCAACCGGGAGGUGCGGCCGCGCUAUGGACCCCUGACCCCGCGGGGUCGCUCGGACUUUAACGUGUGGACUGACCGCUACUGACUGCACCGCCUGCCCCCGUCUCCUGCCGGCCCUUAGCAUGAGCGAGGGGGACCCAGCGGGGUGACAUUGUGCCCGUUGGCGGAUUCUCGCUUGCCCCCUGCCCCGUCCUCGUCCACCUCCUCCCACAUGAAGCGAUUCUGAAUAUCUGGGGGGGGGGUUCUGGAUUAUUGUUUUUACGAACCCCCGCUUGUGGUUGAGGGGUUAUUUAAUCUGAGGCCUUAGGGUCCUUCGGUGUCUCUGAGUGUUCUGUGUGUGUACAUAUUUUGCUCUUAAGUUUAUAAAUAUACAUAUAUUGAGCGUGUCCACGUCUCCUCGCUGAACCUUAGGAAUCCUUUGGCACCAUGUCCUGUGUGCAUUAUAAAUUUUCCUCUAAACUCAACUAUGAUACCGUCACCUUUGAUGGGCUCCACAUCUCCCUCUGCGACUUAAAGAAGCAGAUUAUGGGGAGAGAGAAGCUGAAAGCUGCCGACUGCGACCUGCAGAUCACCAACGCGCAGACGAAAGAAGAAUAUACUGAUGAUAAUGCUCUAAUUCCUAAGAAUUCAUCUGUAAUUGUUAGAAGAAUUCCUAUUGGAGGUGUUAAAUCUACAAGCAAGACAUAUGUUAUAAGUCGAACUGAACCAGUGAUGGGAACUUCAAAAGCAAUUGAUGACUCUUCUGCGUCUAUUUCUCUGGCCCAGCUUACGAAGACUGCCAAUCUGGCUGAAGCCAAUGCUUCUGAAGAAGAUAAAAUUAAAGCAAUGAUGUCGCAAUCUGGCCAUGAAUACGACCCAGUCAAUUACAUGAAGAAACCUCUAGGUCCACCACCUCCAUCUUAUACUUGUUUCCGUUGUGGUAAACCUGGCCAUUAUAUUAAGAAUUGCCCAACAAAUGGGGAUAAGAACUUUGAAUCUGGUCCUAGGAUUAAAAAGAGCACUGGAAUUCCCAGAAGUUUUAUGAUGGAGGUGAAAGAUCCUAACAUGAAAGGUGCAAUGCUUACCAACACUGGAAAAUAUGCAAUACCAACUAUAGAUGCAGAAGCAUAUGCAAUUGGGAAAAAAGAAAAACCACCUUUUUUACCAGAGGAACCAUCAUCAUCUUCAGAAGAAGAUGAUCCUAUCCCAGAUGAAUUGUUGUGUCUCAUCUGCAAAGAUAUUAUGACUGAUGCUGUUGUCAUUCCGUGCUGUGGAAACAGUUAUUGUGAUGAAUGUAUAAGGACAGCUCUCUUGGAAUCAGAUGAACAUACAUGUCCAACAUGUCAUCAGAAUGAUGUCUCUCCUGAUGCUUUAAUUGCCAAUAAGUUCUUACGACAGGCUGUUAAUAACUUCAAAAAUGAAACUGGUUAUACGAAAAGACUAAGAAAACAGUUGCCGCCACCCCCACCCCCAAUACCACCUCCAAGACCACUCAUUCAGCGGAACCUACAACCUCUGAUGAGAUCUCCAAUAUCAAGACAACAAGAUCCUCUCAUGAUUCCAGUGACAUCUUCAUCAAGUCACCCGGCUCCAUCUAUAUCUUCAUUAACCUCUAAUCAGUCUUCCUUGGCCCCUCCUGUGCCUGGAAAUCCGUCUUCUGCCCCAGCCCCUGUACCUGAUAUAACUGCAACAGUCUCCAUAUCAGUCCACUCAGAAAAAUCAGAUGGACCUUUUCGGGAUUCUGAUAAUAAAAUACUGCCAGCUGCAGCGCUUGCAUCUGAACAUUCGAAGGGAGCCUCUUCUAUUGCAAUUACUGCCCUUAUGGAAGAGAAGGGUUACCAGGUGCCUGUACUUGGAACCCCAUCUUUACUUGGACAGUCAUUAUUGCAUGGACAAUUGAUCCCCACAACUGGUCCAGUAAGAAUAAACACUGCUCGUCCAGGUGGUGGUCGACCAGGUUGGGAACAUUCCAACAAGCUUGGAUAUCUGGUUUCUCCACCACAGCAAAUUAGAAGAGGGGAGAGAAGCUGCUACAGAAGUAUAAACCGUGGACGACACCACAGCGAAAGAUCACAGAGAACUCAAGGCCCAUCACUACCAGCAACUCCAGUUUUUGUACCUGUCCCACCCCCUCCCUUGUAUCCUCCUCCUCCCCAUACACUUCCUCUCCCUCCAGGUGUUCCUCCUCCACAGUUUUCUCCUCAGUUUCCUCCCGGCCAGCCACCACCUGCUGGGUAUAGUGUUCCCCCUCCAGGGUUUCCUCCAGCUCCGGCCAAUUUAUCAACACCUUGGGUGUCAUCAGGAGUACAGACAGCUCAUUCAAAUACCAUCCCAACAACACAAGCACCACCUUUGUCCAGGGAAGAAUUCUAUAGAGAGCAACGACGACUAAAAGAAGAGUCCAAAUCUCCCUAUAGUGGUUCAUCCUAUUCAAGAAGUUCAUAUACUUACUCUAAAUCAAGAUCUGGUUCAACACGAUCACGUUCUUAUUCUCGAUCGUUUAGCCGCUCACAUUCUCGUUCCUAUUCACGAUCACCUCCAUACCCCAGAAGAGGCAGAGGAAAGAGUCGAAAUUACCGUUCAAGGUCUAGAUCGCACGGGUAUCAUCGAUCUAGGUCAAGGUCACCCCCAUAUAGACGGUAUCAUUCACGAUCAAGAUCUCCUCAAGCAUUUAGGGGACAAUCUCCUAAUAAACGUAAUGUACCUCAAGGAGAAACAGAACGUGAAUAUUUUAACAGGUACAGAGAAGUUCCACCACCAUAUGACAUGAAAGCUUAUUACGGGAGGAGUGUUGACUUCAGAGACCCAUUUGAAAAAGAACGUUACCGAGAAUGGGAGAGAAAAUAUAGAGAGUGGUAUGAAAAAUAUUAUAAAGGCUAUGCUGCUGGAGCACAGCCUAGACCAUCAGCAAAUAGAGAGAACUUUUCUCCAGAGAGAUUUUUACCACUUAAUAUCAGGAAUUCUCCCUUCACAAGAGGCCGCAGAGAGGAGUACUCUGGUGGACAGAGUCAUAGAAGUCGAAACAUAGGUGGCAACUAUCCAGAAAAGCUUUCAUCAAGAGACAGUCACAAUCAGAAGGAUAAUACAAAGUCAAAAGAGAAGGAGAGUGAAAAUGCUCCGGGAGAUGGUAAAGGAAAUAAACAUAAGAAACACAGAAAAAGAAGAAAGGGGGAAGAAAGUGAAGGCUUUUUAAACCCAGAGUUAUUAGAAACUUCUAGGAAAUCAAGAGAGCCAACAAGUGGUGAAGAAAAUAAAACAGACUCAUUGUUUGUUCUCCCAAGUAGAGAUGAUGCUACACCUGUUAGAGAUGAACCAAUGGAUGCUGAAUCCAUUACUUUUAAAUCAGUGUCUGAAAAAGACAAGAGAGAAAAAGAUAAACCUAAAGCAAAAGGUGACAAGACCAAACGGAAAAAUGAUGGAUCAACUGUGUCCAAAAAAGAAACUGUUGCAAAACCUGCUAAAGGACCUCAAGAAAAACUAGAUGGAGAGCGUGAAAAAUCUCCUCGAUCUGAACCUCCACUUAAAAAAGCCAAAGAGGAGACUCCAAAGAAUGACAAUGUGAAAUCAUCAUCUUCCUCUCAAAAAGAUGAAAAGAUCAUUGGUACCCCCAGAAAAGCUCACUCUAAGUCAGUAAAGGAACACCAGGAGGCAAAACCAGUCAAAGAGGAAAAAGUGAAGAAGGACUACUCCAAAGACGUCAAGUCAGAGAAGCUAACUAGUAAGGAAGAAAAGGCCAAGAAACCUAAUGAGAAAAGUAAACCACUUGAUAGCAAGGGAGAAAAAAGGAAAAGAAAAACUGAAGAGAAAUGUGGAGAUAAAGAUUUUGAGUCAUCUUCAAUGAAAAUCUCUAAAUUAGAAGUAACUGAAAUAAUGAAACCAUCGCCAAAGCGCAAAAUGGAACUUGAUAUUGAAAAGCUGGAUAGGACACCUGAAAAAGACAAAAUUUCAUCAUCAACUGCUCCAGCCAAAAAAAUCAAGCUUAACAGAGAAACUGGAAAAAAAAUUGGAAGUACAGAAAAUAUAUCUAAUACGAAAGAACCCUCUGAAAAAUUGGAGUCAACGUCUGGCAAAGUUAAACAAGAAAAAAUCAAAGGAAAGGUCAGGCGAAAAGUGACUGGAACUGAAGGAUCCAGCUCAACACUUGUGGAUUAUACCAGUACCAGUUCGACUGGAGGCAGUCCUGUGCGGAAAUCUGAAGAAAAAACAGAUACAAAGCGAACUGUCAUUAAAACAAUGGAAGAAUAUAAUAAUGAUAACACAGCUCCUGCUGAAGAUGUUAUUAUUAUGAUUCAGGUUCCUCAAUCCAAAUGGGAUAAAGAUGACUUUGAAUCUGAAGAAGAAGAUGUUAAAUCCACCACACAGCCUAUAUCAAGUGUAGGAAAACCUGCCAGUGUUAUAAAAAAUGUUAGCACUAAACCAUCAAAUGCAGUCAAAUAUACUGAAAAAGAAAGUGAGUCAUCAGAGAAAAUUCAGAAACUCACCAAGGAAGUGAGCCAUGAAAUUACACAGCAUGAGGUCAAAAGUUCAAAAAACUCUGCAUCUAGUGAAAAAGGGAAAACCAAAGAUCGAGAUCAUUCAGUGUUGGAAAAGGAAAACCCAGAAAAGAGGAAGAACAGCACUCAGCCAGAGAAAGAUAGUAAUCUGGACCGUCUGAAUGAGCAAGGAAAUUUUAAAAGUCUGUCUCAAUCUUCCAAAGAGACUAGAACUUCUGGCAAAGAAGAUAAGCAUGAUUCCAUUCGAGGUUCCUCAAAUAAAGACUUCACUCCCAACAGAGACAAAAAAACUGAUUAUGACAGCAGAGAGUAUUCAAGUUCCAAACGUAGAGAUGAAAGGAAUGAAUUAACAAGAAGAAAAGACUCCCCUUCUCGCAGUAAAGACUCUGCAGCUGGACAAAAAACUAAGCCAAGGGAGGAGAGAGAUUUGCCUAAAAAAGGAACAGGAGAUUCCAAAAAAAGUAACUCUAGUCCCUCAAGAGACAAAAAACCUCAUGAUCAUAAAACCACUUAUGAUACUAAACGUUCAAGUGAAGAGACGAAAUCUGUAGAUAAAAAUCCCUGUAAAGAUCGUGAGAAAUAUGUAUUAGAGGCAAAGAACAAUAAAGAGUCAAGUGGCAAUAAAUCACUUUAUGUACUUAACCCACCGGACCCACAGAUUGAGAAAGAGCAAGUUACUGGGCAAAUUGAUAAGAACACCAUCAAGCCUAAACCCCAGUUAAGUCAUUCCUCUCGACUGUCCUCUGACUUAACUAGAGAAACUGAUGAAGCUGCUUUUGAACCAGAUUAUAAUGAAAGUGACAGUGAGAGCAAUGUAUCUGUAAAAGAGGAAGAAACUUCAGGAAAAAUUUCUAAGGAACUGAAAGAUAAAGUAAUGGAGAAAGCAAAAGAGAGCCUGGACGUAGCAGCAGUCAGCCAGGUAGGUGUAAUCAGGAGCCAGAGUCAAAGCAGCCCUAGUGUCAGUCCAAGUAGAAGUCAUAGCCCUUCUGGAAGCCAAACCCGAAGCCACAGUAGCAGUGCUAGCUCUGCAGAAAGUCAGGACAGCAAGAAGAAGAAGAAAAAGAAGGAAAAGAAAAAGCACAAGAAACAUAAAAAACAUAAGAAGCAUAAGAAGCAUGCAGGCACUGAAGUAGAAUUGGAAAAAAGCCAAAAACACAAACAUAAGAAAAAGAAGUCAAAGAAGAGCAAAGAUAAAGAAAAGGAGAAGGAGAAGGAUGACCAAAAAGUGAAAUCUGUCACUGUGUAAAAGGGCAGAUUUUAAAAAUUGACUUAAUUACUAAGUCAUCUGUAUUAAAUUUUGUUAUAAUGUAAAGAGAUUCAAGCUUUGUAAAUAAGAUAUGGAAGACCCUGUGCUGCACUUAAAAUAUUGCUGCUUGAUUAUUUGAUUUUUACAUCAGAGCUUUAUAACACGAACUUUUGUACAGAAUUGUGAGUUGUGACCAUGUAACAUGAGAGGUUUUGCUAGGGCCUAUUAUUUUUAACCACCAUUAAUUAGUUGGGGUGGAGUUUACUGUACUGUGAAAUUUUCACAUUUGAAUUUUUUUAAUUGCCUGGCAAAAGCUGAUAUCAGUUCUAAAAUAUCAGCAGAAUGAUUUGCUGAAUUCAUUACAACUCCGUUAUGUCACUUUUUGAUUACAAUAAAAGUUUUCAGUAAACUUUUCAAA